GCAGAGAGUGUGGCAUACAUCAUUAAACCGAGUCUGCGUCACGUCGAGCCACCAUGGCAACUACGAAGAACAGCGGAAAGAAGUCCAACGUGUACUGGGACAAGGAAAGCGUAGACGAAGGAAAGUCCUCUCUCGACGUGCUGAUGGCCGGGACGACGGUGAAGACACACUACAAUCGCUGGCGGGGCGCAGAUAGAACCAGUGGCAACACUAAGGAGUCCUUAGUGAAAGAGAUCACGGCGGCACUUGAGACCGCCAACAUCUCGCACAGGACGCCGGGACAAGUCCGUGGUAAAGUGAGUAAGCUGGAAGCGAAAUACCGUGCGGCCCAGGAUUUCCUGCUUAGACAGGAGCUGAUAUUGCCGACCAAGCUCGGAGAUUGUCGCGUGGUCCAUUGA